AUGCCCGUGGGAGCGGUGCCCAUGCCUGGGCUACCGUCGACGCCGACCGGCGCUCCGUCCAACGAACUAAUGGCCAAACUGCAGCGCCGAACUGCCGCCAUUAACGGGCCGGCCGGCGGCGGAGCCGGACCUGCUCCUGGGCCUGCCGGGCCAGGAGCAUCUGCACCGAGGGAGCCGCCCGCUUCUGGAGCCCCAAACGCGCCAGGUCCAUUCGCCGGCCGCGGCGGACCCGGGACGAGGCCGCGCGACAUUGCCAGGCAGUCGACACCGGUUCACGCUGGCCUGGGCGGCGGCGGCCCUGGCGCUCCGCCCGUAGCCGCCCGAGCGCAGAGCACCAUGUUCGGAGGCCCCGAGGAGCGACCACGCGGAGGCGGGGUGGCCGCGGCCGCAGCGGCUCUGGCCGGCGCCGGCGGCGGUGGCUUUGGCGGCGCGCCCCCACCCGGCGGGGUGUCGCCCUUUGGCGGCGGCCUCCGAGCGACGGCUCCCCCCGCCACCUCCGCAGCUCCCGCUCCGGCGGGCGGCGGUACUCCACCGCCGGCGGGCGGCGACGCAUCGAGGAGGCCGCCGCCUCCGGCCCGCGCCGCGCGUCCGAUGCUCUCCGUCUCGGAGCCCGUCCCCGAGCUCGUCGUCUCGUCGCCCUUCGGCGGAAAACUCCGGCGAGCGGCUCCAGCGGCUCAGGGCCAGGAAUCGAUACCUGCGCCGACGCCUGAGCUCGAGGCGUCGACGGACGCCUACGCUCCCCCGGGCACCGCGCUGCAUGAUUACCAAGCCACGGCCGACGAGGAACUCUCCUUUGGUGAAGGAGACACCAUCUACGUGCUCGUCAAGGAUGAGUCGGGUUGGUGGCAGGGCACGGCGAACGACCAGACGGGUUGGUUCCCGGCAAACUUCGUGGAGGAGCUGCCCUUCAACCCCGGGUCGUCGGACUCGUCGUCGGGCGCGUCGAGCCCGAUGAGCUCCAGCGGCGACGGCCUCGGCGCGGAUGACGCCAGCGUGGCCGACAAGCUCGCCGACAUCGAAUCCGCCAGCGCUCGUCUGGCGACACCCAAGCGCGCCCUGGGAGCGUCGAACAGGCGCAGGCCGUCGCGCUCCAAGCGAGUCAUUCCGACGGCCACGACCGGCGCGCCGUCGGUCGUGGCCUCCGUCCUCGCCUCCACCCCGGUCCCCGCCGCGUCGCCCGCCCCCGCCGCCUCCGCCCCCGGCCCCGCCCACGCCCCCGCCGCUUCCUUCCGAUCCAAUCUGCGAAAGGCCGCACCCACCGACCAAAACUCCGAGCCCGCGGAGGUUCCGGUGCCGGCUCCCGUCCCAGUCCCGGUCCCCGUGCCGGCCGCCGUCGAGGUCGAGAAGGAGGAGUCGAAGCCCACCGCCGCCACGGCCGCGCAGCUCAAGAAGAGCCCGACGGCCGUCCUGGCCAGGGCGCCCGAAGGUGGUCUGGGCUCGUUGCCAUCGCGACAGGCCACGUCACCCCUGUUGACCCGUUCCCCGGCUCCGGCGCCUGCGGCCGCGGCUUCGUCGCCGCUGUCGACAUCGCAGUCGUCGUUGUCGACAGAGGCCGGCCAAGUGGUGGCGCCCGCCAAGUGGCCGACGCAGCAGCUGGGCGAGUACCGCGAGUUCUGCGCCGACGUGUGGGCCAUGCUCGAGUCGGCCGGCGGUCUGGCGCUCGCGCUCUGCGCCACGGACGGCACCACGUUCGCCCGCGGCGGCGCCAGCCAGCAGCCCUUUGCGCUGGGCCAGUGCGCCUUCCCCUUCCUCCAGGCCCUUGCCAUCAGCCAAUCGGGCGCGCGCGCAAUCUCCGCUCAAGUCGGAUCCGAGCGAGCCCCGGCAGGCGAUGUACUGUCGCUGAAUGCGGAGAAGAAGCCGCACAACGGGCUGACGUCGGCGGGCGCGCUCAAGCUGUCGUCGCUGCUCUUCGCCGGCCAGGACGCGCCGUCGCGCAUCGGACAGCUCCUCCAGUCCUUUGCCGCCUUCGCCGGCACGCCCUACCUCUCCUGCUCCAUGCCCGCUUACCUCUCGCUCCGCUCCACCUCCAACAAAGACUAUGCGCUGGCCUAUUGGCUGAAGAGCUGCGGCGGGCUCGAUAGCGAGGUGGUCCCCACCCUCGAGUUCUUCUUCCAGGCCUGCGCCAUCGAGGCCUCGUGCGAGACGCUGGCCGUGAUGGCCGCCACCCUCGCCAACUCGGGCGCUUGUCCCUCGUCCCUCAAGCAAGCGGCGAAGUCUGACGCGGCGGACGAGGUGGCCAACCAGCUGGCCAGCUGCUGCGGGCUGUCGGAAUUCAACGAAACGCCCGACCGACCCAUCGCCCUCAAGGCCUCCACCACUUCCGGAUGCGCCUUCAUCGUCGUGCCGGGUGUGAUGGGUCUGGCCGUCUUCGCGCCGCCCGCGUCCCCUGCGCUGGGCAAGUUCUGUAAACUACUCUCCUCCAAGUACCCCUCGCUCCACUCCGCCAAGCCAUAA